CAAGAAGCAAACAGGGGCUCUUAAUGCCAGACACGUGACAUUUCUUUGAAGUCAAGUCAAAGUCAACCUUUUAGAAAAUCAACAUUGCAGACUGCUGCCCGGGUGCGCUUUGCCUCCUCUAUAUUGUUUUGCUCGCACCUGCCACACGCUUGCAGCAGGCUGGAGCAGAAAGCAAAAACAGUGGCCGAAAGCAGCAGUGCGAACAGCAGCAGCCGCCGCAGCCUUUGAAACCCUUCCAUUGAGAAUAGUUGGAUGGGGGGAAAACCUUGGCACAGGCAUCCCUUGGAAGAGGCGUGUGUGCUUCAGCCAAUCCACCGAGGAACUUAAAGGUGGUGCUGAUGAACGGCUGAUCCUGCCAGAGCCCGAUGCCAUUGCCUCAAGAGCUGGGAGAGAGGAAGGCAAGAAAUCAUCCAGACUAACUGAAGGGAGAGCAUUUUCUUGCAUGAUAAUUAAGGGGGAAAGAAGCAGUUCUUUGAAGAGCAUCUGUAACGGACAAGGGGAGCCUUUAGGGAGAUGCUGUCGUGAUUUUUGUCCCCUCUUUACCGAGAUGAAAAAGGAGCCUCCAACUCAAUUCUUUGGGGUCCUUUUUUUGGCCAUUGUUCUCAUCUUCCAUUUAUGCAUUGCUAUUUGCUGACCUUUCGCACUGGAGUCUCUGCUCCCCCCCCCCCUUCCCAGUUGCUCCACCCUGUACAGUUCCAGCUGAGAAGAGGCAUUGUUUCCCCAAACUGUGCCAUGAAGCACCCAGGUGGUACCUUCCAUGAACAAUGAACCUCGGGGUUGAGAUUUUUUUCGUCAAGGUGGUAGGACAUUGUGUGACCAUUCCAACGGGCAAUCAUACCAGAAGUGAAGGAGCAAAAGGAGCCAAGGAAGAGUGAAACGAAAGCAUCUGAAAACCACUAGCAAAGAAGGAAAGGGACAAGCCCCUUUUCCUUGAAAGCGUGCCCUCACCACGUUCAGCCGAGACGGAGAACGUCAAAAGUCUGAGACACUCAGGAGUGGUGAUGAGAAGACAAACAGGAGUAAAUGAGAAUGAUUGAUUGCACCAUGACAUCACAGAAUAGUCUUUAACAUCUGCUUUGGGCUAGCAACUCUCUCUCAGGCCCGCAUGAUGCCUGAAGACAGGAAUACGGGGGUCCGUGCCUCAGGUGCCCUGGCAUCUUCUCCUUUUGUUCCCAAAACUACUUACAGGAGGAUCAAGCGAUGUUUUAGCUUCCGAAAAGGAAUAUUUGGGCAGAAGCUGGAAGACACAGUUCGUUAUGAGAAACGAUAUGGAAACCAUUUGGCUCCAUUGCUGGUAGAACAGUGUGUAGAUUUUAUUCGUCUGCGGGGGCUGAAGGAGGAAGGACUUUUCCGAUUGCCGGGCCAGGCUAACCUCGUCAAAGAGUUACAGGAUGCCUUUGAUUGUGGAGAGAAGCCACUGUUUGACAGAAAUACAGAUGUACACACAGUGGCCUCACUUUUGAAACUCUACCUCAGAGAGUUGCCAGAGCCUGUGAUCCCAUAUUCCAAAUAUGAAGAGUUUCUCUCCUGUGCCAAAAUGCUCAGCAAAGAAAAGGAAGCGGGGCUAAAUGAAUUAGCAAAGCAAGUGAAAAAUUUGCCGCUCGUCAACUUUAAUCUACUCAAGUACAUUUGCAGAUUUCUGGAUGAAGUUCAAUCCUAUUCUGGAGUCAACAAAAUGAGUGUGCAAAACCUUGCUACUGUGUUUGGCCCCAACAUCCUCCGUCCCAAAGUGGAAGAUCCUUUGACAAUCAUGGAAGGUACUGUUGUGGUCCAGCAAUUAAUGUCCAUGAUGAUAAGUGAACAUGAGCUAUUGUUUCCCAAGGAUGCAGAUUCUCAAAGUGGACAGGAGGUUUGCAAUAACAACAAUGAGAUCCAAAAGAAAGUGAUCAUUGGUCAGCUCCAGAACAGAGAAAAUAAUAAUACUAAGGAGUCAUCACCAGUAAGGCAUUGCUCAUGGGACAAGCCUGAAUCUCCUCAAAGAACCAUAGUGGACAAUGGGUCUCCUACAGCUCAGCCUGGAAGCAAAUCUAAUAGUCCAAGGAACAGCAUUCACAAACUGGACAUGACUAGGAGUCCACCCCUUACAGUGAAAAAAAAUCCAGCCUUUAAUAAAGGCAGUGGCAUAGUCACCAAUGGGUCCUUCAGUAGUUCUGUAGAGAGUCAAGAGAAAACGUCACCAUCUCUCCCCAAUGGUACCUUGCAGACCAGAAGAACAUCUUCUCUGAAAGGGCCAGUAACCAAAAUGGGUACGCACAGUGUACCCAAUGGAGGGGUACGAAUGGGUAUUUCCAGCACUGAUGCCCAUAGCAACUCUUUGAAUAGCCGUUGCCAGAGCUGGAUGCCUAAUGGGUACGUGACGUUGAGGGACAACAAGCAAAAGGAGCCUAUGAGUGACUCAGGCCAGCAUAACAGACUUUCUACUUAUGACAAUGUGCACCAACAGUUCUCAGCAGUGAAUGCUGAAGAUAAGCAGAGUGUUGACAGUGCAACUUGGUCCACGUCCUCUUGUGAAAUAUCCCUUCCAGAACAUUCCAACUCCUGCCGAUCGUCCACCACUACGUGUCCUGAACAAGACUUUUACGGGAGCAAUUUUGAAGACCCGGUUUUAGACGAGCCCCAACAGGACAAUCUCCUGAACGUGGCCGAGUGUGAGAGCAAAGUGGAUCGGAGAAGUGUUGGGGGCCGAAGCAGCAGGGCUACUAGCAGCAGUGACAACAGUGAAACCUUUGUUAACAACACAGGCAAUCACAGUGCUUUGCACAGCCUUGUUUCCAGCUUAAAGCAGGAAAUGACGAAGCAAAAACUGGAGUAUGAAACGAGGAUAAAAAGCCUUGAACAGCGGAAUCUCUCACUAGAGACCGAAAUGAUGAACCUCCACGACGAAUUGGAGCAAGAGAAGAAGAAGUUUACAAUGGUCGAAAUCAAAAUGCGCAAGGCUGAGCGGGCCAAAGAAGAUGCAGAAAAACGGAACGACAUGUUGCAGAAAGAGAUGGAGCAGUUUUUCUCAACAUUUGGGGAACUGACAGUUGAGCCGCGUAGGACAGAACGAGGAAACACCAUAUGGAUCCAGUGAGGGCUGUUCCUGCUGUUCAACAAGACUGUGGGGUUCUGGGAAGAGGAUAACUGUGAUAUUUUAUCGCAUUGUUUCUCAGCCUUGGCAACUCGAAGAUGCAUGGACUUCAACUCCCAGAAUUCCCCAGGCAGAUUUGCUGGCUGAGGAAUUCUGGGAGUUGAAGUCCACGCAUCUUCAAGUCAGCAAGGUUGAGAAACACUGUUUUAUUGUUAACAGGUGACUGGUCACCUGACUGAGGCUAGCACUCAAUGUAAUGUUAUGAGACUUCCAGAGACUCUACAUGACUGCAUCAACCAACCUUUUCUCUGCAAGUUGCUUCUCAAUUGAGAAAUCCCUACUCUGCUAUCCAUCAUCAUGCUACUGUUAAGUGUUACAACAGGCUUUGGGCUUAUAGAUUUUAAAUAGGUUAUGUGGGGCGGGGGGUACGAUAGAAAGAGGCAAAAGAUUAUUUUAAUGCAAGUCUUAUAUUUAAACUGUCAAAUGUUAACUUCAUUGCAAUCAAGCUUUUCUCCCUUGCACUUAAACAUAGUAAGCUAUUUUUGGCCUUGUGUUAUAAUCAGCUAAUUUUGUAUAUUACUUCCUCCCCCUUCUGUUGCCCUGUCAUUGCAGAAUUAAUUAUAUAAUAUAUAUAUAAUAUAUGUAUAUUUAUACACACACACUGUCACACACAAGUCUGUGUCUUUGCGUGUGUAUAUAUAUAAAAUGUUAGCUAUUAAAACAAGCAAAAAAGUAUUGUGUGAUUGUGCUGUUUAUGCCAACUUUGUUGCCCAUGACCAAAAAGAAAAAAAAAACCAGAAGGAAUUGUAAAUAAUUUUAUAAAUAUAUAACAUCAUC